AUGGGUUUGACUGCAGCAAAGCCACUUAGUAUACCUAUUGAACAAAAUGUAAGAUUGAGUAGCAAACCAAGCAAUCAGGGAGAAGACCCCUUGACCACAGAUCUAAGCACAUACAGGAGAUUAAUAAGUAAAUUGUCAUAUCUUACUGUGACUAGGCCUGACAUAAGCUUUGUUGUGCAGGCACUCAGUCAAUUCAUGAAUGCACCAAGAACAUCAUAUUACAAGGCAGCAACAAGAGUGGUCAGAUAUUUGAAAGGCUAUCCAAGACUUGGAAUUAAACUUGCAGCAACUCAAAAUGUCCAAUUGGAAUGCUUUGUGGAUGCAGAUUGGGGAACAUGUCUAGAUACUAUAAGAUCCAUGACUAGAUAUGUAGCCAAGUUUGGUGGAUCAACAAUAUCCUAG